AUGUUAAAUUUACCGUCACUGUGUAUGGUAUACUUGGUAUGUGCUACUGCGAAAUAUGCCGCCAAGGGAAUCUCAACAACAGCAUCGGGGCUCUGUCAUAAGGCAAUAAAGGCGUCAAAAGGCAAAGUCAUAGCUAGGUGUAACCUCAACAAUUAUAUCGAAAAGACGUUUAUACACUCAAAAGAGACGGGCAAUACAAAGAGGCAUUAUUUCAAACGGUCGCUCAGCACAGUGCAGACGCAGCAACCAGCAACUGAUAAGAUGGAGGCUACACAACUUGCAGAUUUGCUAAAGAAAAACAAAACAGCUUGCGAAAAUCUGCUGAAAAGAAGGUUCUUCUACACUAAUUCCUUCGAAAUAUACGGUGGAACAGCAGGGCUGUUCGAUUAUGGGCCACCUGGAUGUGCGCUCAAGGCGCAACUGGAAAACCUUUGGAGACAACAUUAUGUAAUAUUCGAUGAAAUGAUGGAGGUUUCGUGUCCUUGCAUUACGCCCUACAAUGUGCUUAAAGCAUCGGGACAUGUAGACAGGUUCACAGAUUUGAUGGUAACAGAUGUAGUUAAUGGCGAAUGUUACAGGGCUGAUAAGUAUCUUGAGGAUGUUAUUGAGUGUGCAAUCAGCACUUUGAAGGGUAAAAAUAUCACCGAUAACGUAAAUGCGAAGAACACGACACUGUUGAAUCUAGGGUGUGAUGAACUAGAAAAAAUUAAGAAUUUGGUUAGUAACAUGACACUAGAAGAUGUCGAAAGUUUCAUUGAACAAAAUAAAAUCACUUCCCCGCUUGGAAAUGAACUUUCGAAGCCCUAUCCGUUCAACCUUAUGUUCGAAACUACAAUCGGACCAAAGAGCAAACAAAAGGGAGGACAGAACUCGGUUGUCUAUUUAAGGCCCGAAACAGCACAAGGAAUUUUCGUUAACUUCGCUAGAUUGUUGGAAGCAAACGGUGGUAGAAUACCUUUUGCGGCUGCACAAAUCGGUCUAGGAUUCAGAAACGAAAUCAGUCCGAGAAACGGUUUACUCAGGGUACGGGAAUUUCUGAUGGCCGAAGUAGAGUACUUCGUGCAUCCAAAGAACAAGACACAUGUCAGGUAUAAUGAAUUCAAAAGUGUCGUUCUAAACCUGUUGCCAAAGGAGACACAGGAAAGCGGUGAGGCGACCUUGUUAAGAAUUAGCGUAGAAGACGCGGUUAAUAAAGGUGUUAUAGCAAAUGAGGCGUUGGGGUACUUCCUUGCAAGGACGUCACUGUUCCUUGAAAAGUGUGGAAUUAUGCCUCAGGGUCUAAGGUUCAGGCAACACAUGUCUGACGAAAUGGCACACUAUGCUUGCGAUUGUUGGGACGCCGAGAUACUCACAUCGUACGGGUGGAUAGAAGUGGUAGGCCACGCCGACAGAAUGGCGUAUGAUCUUAGGGCGCACUCUCAGGCAACAAAUACCCAACUGAAUGCUAGUCAGAGGUAUCAGGAGCCGAUAACGGUAGAAAAGGUUGUGCCAACGUACAACAGGUCACUCAUAGGUAAGACGUUCAAGGACAAACAUGCCAGGCUACUUAAAAUACUGGACAAUUUGACACAGCAAGAAGCGUGCAAAAUGGAAGAGGAACUCAGUACAGCAGCUAUGACUACCGUUACUUCUGACGAAGGGCAGGAGUUUGUGGUUACCAGAGAAAUGCUGUCAUUUAAGACCGUUAAAUCAGUGGUAUGUGAAGAAACAUUCACUCCUGCCGUCAUUGAACCAUCAUUCGGUAUGGGAAGACUUAUAUUCUGUAUACUGGAGCACUCUUACAAAGUUAGGCCACCGCAAAAUCAACAAGAAGAACGGUCUUACGUGGCGCUGAAGCCGCAAUUAGCCCCAACAAAGUGUUGCGUACUACCUUUGUCGUCAAAAGAUGUCUUCAACCCUCUCAUCGCGAAGGUUCAGAAACAUAUGGAUACUCUGGGACUUUCGUACAAAAUCGAUAGCACCGGGGCGUCCAUCGGUAAACGAUAUGCAAGAACUGAUGAAAUCGGCAUUCCAUUUGCAAUAACAAUAGACUUUCAAUCCCUCAAUGACGGAACUGUCACCGUUAGGGAAAGGGAUUCGAUGCAACAAGUUAGGAUGGAGUCCGAUAUGGCCUGCGAUGUCAUUUCAGACCUUAUUAGAGGCAAGUCUACAUGGGAAGACGUUACCAAAGCGCAUCCAAUCUUUACGCAACAAGAGAUAUAA